AAUACCUCGAUGCCGUAUAAAAGAUGAAACACUGACCUAUUUGUUUAGUAUCAUAUUAUGACUCGUUGAUCGAACUGUUUUUUCUUUGAUUGUUGAAUGAUAACAAGUGUUUUUGAAGUUUUGCAAGUGCCCGUGUAGGGGUGUGAAUGACCGAUUUGGAUUUUUGAUUUUUUAUAAUGAAGAUCAUUCUUCUUAUCCUGCUAGCGAUAUGUACGAUACUUAGCGCAGCGGAGUACCCCAGAUACAAAGGCAGGCCUCCACCUCCACGACAACGUAGGGUACCAACCAAUCAACAGUUCUCCAAGAAAUGGCACCAAGGAGGUCCUUUAAUACAAAAUUUGCCACAAGGUAUUCCACAAGGAUUCCCGCAAGGCAUGCAAGGAGUUCCUCCAGGACACGGCCAGUUCGGCUUACGUGGGCCACCUUUAAGACAGAGACCCGUCAACCACAUACCGGUCUUAAUGGUGCCGAACAAUGUUCCUCAAAUAAAACAUCAUAAGAUACCACAACCUAAUGGACUAGGUCAUCAAUUACCGCAAAGACAAGCUACUCUUCCAGUAAGAUCAUUUUGGAAAAACCCUGUAGCCCCGGUUAAGCUUCAACAAGAAGUAGUUUUCAAGACACCUUUACCUACACCACCACCAGAGAAACCUUUUAGAUCUGCACCAAGCAUACCUACAUCACAGGAAUUCGACUACCACAUUCAAACCAAUCAAAUUCCUACAGCACACAUAAAUCCUAUAAAGCAAAUAGGUGAAAAAGGACCCAUUCACACAAUACCUGCUCCAAAUUUAAGUCUCAAAGAUAAGCCACUGCACAUAGAAGAAGUCCGGAAUGACAUCAGCUUCCCGCACCCAUCUCACCAUAAUGCCCACCUAAGCACGCAAGUCACAAUUCAAAAGAGCCACGAAUAUCAAGUAACGGAACCUCCAGAGCAUAACCAGAAAUUAUUCAGAGCCCAACAAGAACACCAAAAGCAAAUCCAGCGGCAGAUCCAGAAACAAAUCCAACAGAUGCAUCAGCAGACUGUUCAACAAGAGCUGCUAAACCAACAACAGCAGGAGCUACACGAACAUCAACAAGAGCUGCACCAUCAACAACAGCAGGAACUGCACAAUCAUCAACAACAGGAGCUACACAAUCAGCAGCAAUUUUUGUUAGCUACUGAUCAGAGUUCGGUGCAUCAAACGUUGGAGCCAAACCCACAAGGAGAUAUUAUUCUCAGCAAUAAUUUGAGUCCAAAGGAUUUGUACCAGCUUGUGAGUGCCAAUUACCCGCAGUUGCAAAUACCAAAAGCCACUUCAAAUGCAAAUGUACAACUAUUCUCGCCAGACCCAGGUUUCUUGGAACAAUUCCCUCAAGAAUCAAUCCAAAUAGCAAGCGAUAAGAUCAGUUUUCAACCAGAAUACCACUCUUUCAACUACGAUGAACAAGCACACCAAAAGAGUUUAGCUAAAAAGGACAUGUCCUCGCUGGUAUCAGCUACGUACAAUCUGGGAGGAGAUAAAAUUUCCUCAAGGAAUUCAGUAGAUCCAUUGGCACAAGCUGAGAUUGUUCAAAGUUAUUUUGACAGCAGGAGCGACGUAGCUGAUAAUAACAUCGAAGCAGAUGCCAAAUCGAAUACCAAAAAGGAUAUUGUGGACGAAAAGUUGAUAGAGACGACUUUCUACUCUUCUUUACCAAGCAAAGAGGCUGCUGAACGACUCGCUCAGCUUCAAACAGCUGGGAAGGUCAACAGCAAUCUCAUGAAGCUCUCUCCUACUAAAAAAGACACCAACGAGCCUUUAACGAUUGUCAUUUCUGACGAAUACGAGGGCGAGGAAGAAACUAUUAAAGGUAGUAGAAAAGACGAGAGCAAAGAAGAAUCAAGAGACUACGAUGAGUAUUCUCACGAAGAGAAUAUAGCCUCAGAGGAGUUUGGGCAUAGAAUUCAACCAAAGAAACGAGCGGAAUAGGGGAGUUUAGUGAAUUUUAUUUAUUUAUUAUUUAUUUUUAUCUUGCCAUUCUGUUUAUUGAAUGAAAUACUGUUAUUUGUUAAUAAAAUAAUACACACUUA